UUCCGCUUUUGGAAUUUCCAACAGUUCUAUUUUUAUAAUACCUUAGACUUUCCCGAUGAUAUUCGUGUUCGACGCCACAGCUCAAAUAAUUGCCAGGAGGCCAGAAGAACUCGCUAGAUAUAAAACACAUCGAGGAUAAUGAGUGUCUGUCAGAGGAGAUCCAUCGUUCGUCCUCCAAUGAUUUAGCAUACAUUUUAAAACGAAAUUUUGUUUUGCACUGUAGUAAAUAAUGGCAAGCAGCCAACCAGAUGAUAAAGGUGCUAGGCCCAAGACCAAUUCGCAGUCAAAUAGUGGGCACCAGAAGAACAAGAAUGAACAAGGAAGAGCCAAGCAUGAUAAUCAAUCUGGGUCAGAUGUAGAGAAAGAUUCUGUACCAAACAGUGAACAAUGGAAUGAACCACCAGGAUUUCACCAACUACCAUACCUUGUUGAUGUGGCUGUUAUUUAUGCCAAGGAGGAUUAUGAUAAGGUGGAAGAUAAGUUUCUUCCAUGGUUGAAACGAAUAGCCAUGAAACCUACAUGUAACCUUUUGGAUGCAAGGAUACAUCUGUACGAUGAUUCUGAUAUUUUCCCAGAAGCUGGUGUUUUCGGUCAAACAAAGAAUGUGACCGCAAAAUGCAUGAAGAUAUUGGCUUUUAUCACUGAUAAAUUCAUGAAGGAUAAAGUUCUUACAGGCGUACUAGAAGAACUAAUUAUGAUGACAAGGUUCAUAACAGAAGAUGAAGCCGAACAGCACAUUUCCAAGAUAAGUGAUAAACUAUCUAAAGAACGUGCGAAAUAUCUUUCUGAAUGUGUUCAACGCCAAAAGGUAAAUGCUCUUAUUCCUGUUCAAACAGUAGAUAAGAACAUCAAUUUCAUAGGACUGAAAGCGAUUACUCCAAUUCCAUUUUAUGAUCUGGAGAAGAACUCUAGAUUUAAAGAACGGAAAGCACAAGGAGUGAUCAAGGUAGCUAUGGAAGACAGGAGAAAGCUGCAGCAGUACAUCACUAACUCCGAAAACAGGGCAAUGUCUUCGUAUGAGCAUCAAAAUGCUUCUUCUCGGGAACAUCCACAAGCUGCUUCUGUACAUGCAACACAGUUGAUUUCAUAUUCAAGUUCCCGUCAAAACAUGGGUAAUCUCCUAAGAAAUCAAUGGCAGAAUAAUAACUAUUUUGAUGAUGACGACAGGAAUGAGACAUCUAGGGAAUUGCUAUUUUCCAGUAACCAGUCGGGGCACAGCAACAAUGUGCCAAUUUUGGAAGAAAAAGAAAAAAAGACAGAUAACAACGACAGCAGAACAGCAAACACUGACUUACUUCCAGAGUCCUCAAACACUGUGGACAGCAAUGGACAAGAGAGUUCAGCAGAACCUCGUUUGGAGGGUGAUGAAGGAGCUAGUGAGUCUGGAAACAGCCAAGAUGAAGGUUUAGGAUCAGAACACAUUCAUCCGUCUCAGGUUUCUACAUCAACGGAGAAUUCCACACUGGAGACGUCUGAGGAAACCAAAGUAUCAGUACAUGGUGAUCCAGCUGCUACACCUGUUAUGUCCAAUGGGGACGACACUCCUGAAACUGAUUUAGAGGAAGAUCAGUUGGAAUCUGGAAGGGCCGAUAACACAGAAAUCAAAACAGUCUGUGCAUUAACAGAGUCUGGAUAUGACUCUUUGUCUGGGGAGGAGCAGCUACAACAAAAGGGUGAAUCUAAGCCAGUAAAAGACCCAGGAGAGACAAGUCUUGACAACACAGGGCUAGUGAAUGACUCUGGGGAUGCAGCACUUGGGAAAGACUUGGGCGACGCAAAUCUUAAAUCUUCAAAACAAGAGAGCAUGCUUAGUACUGAUGCACAAAAAGAAGAUAAAGAGCCACAUUUUUAUAGUAAAAAGUGGAAGAGUAGCAUAGAAGAUCAAGGUAAGGUCCUGGAAAAUACACUUACCUACAGUGGAGGGCAGCGGUCUUCUAAAGGUUUAAUGGCGGGCAAUGUCCCUCAAAAAGACUCUGACAGAAGAUGUCCAGCUGGAAGUGACGUCCCUGAUCCUUCUACUCACAUGAAGGGUAAACAACCUCCGGAAUUCUCACCUACUCUAUUUCCAUACCUUACAGGUACUAAUUAUAAGGAAGGGCCUGUUUUGACUAUUGUCCACCAUCACCUUUAUGAGAAGUCUGAGCCAAAACCACCAUCGCCACCACCACCACCGCAGCCUGCACAAGAUCCUCCUCAAACCAUCAACGUCUUUGGAGCUAACACUGUAAUGAUAGGGAAACAUUCUAAAGCUGUAAUGUCAGAACCAACAAUGAUUUCAACGCAUGAUCCAAAGUCACACCAGCCAGAACCUGAUGUUGCCCCUACAACACAACAAACGACACAGAAGGACGUACAGUCAGAUACUGGAGCAGAAUCUCCCAGUACUACCCCGACAACUAGCUCAGGGUCACUCAACGAUUUGUCGCCGUCUCUACAACCAAGUACUUACAAUUUCCCCAAGUCUGCUGAACAAACCAAUGAAGGGAAGGAAACUGGUUGUCAGAAUGUGGAAGGGAAGAAAGCAGCUGAUCAAACUGAAGGGAAGAAGACGUCAGAUUCUUGUGAGGACAGCAGUAGUGAUGAAGACAACUCUUUAGUUAGUACACACAGAUCCACAGGUGAUGUUCCAGAAAAGAACUUUGAAAUAUUGAAGGAAAGAAAUUUGAAAGAUAUGGAGGAACACAAACAAAUCACCAACAAAAGUGACUUGUCAAGCUUAGAAGAUAACCGAUCAUGGAAGUCAGAAGCUGAGGAUGUCCUAGGCCCCUCCCUCAGUGAUGAUUUGGUGAGUCUGGCUGCCAGCGGGGAGGACACAUCACUACCCGAUCGAUGGGACGCGGUGAAGCCAGAUCAAUGUACCACAACUGGACAACAGAUUGAGGCAGCAGACCAUGAAGGUCAAGGCCAGGUUGGUACGGAAACAUGUGCAGAAAGGCAGCCUUUAUUUAUAGGAGGACCACAGCCAGCUGUAAGCUCACUGCAGACAACUUCUUUAUUUGCUUCAAUACUAAGUGUUAAACAACAGUUUCAUAUACAUUCGGGGAUUCUGAAGACUAAUGUCCUAGGCAUGAUGGCUCAGAGCUCCAUGUUUCUACAGGAAGUAAGAACAGAUCAGCACAAACAGGAUGAUGAUGUUGACUGAGACUUUUAAUGCAAUCAUCUAGUGGAAAUUGAAAUUCUUAAGAGCGUGGCAGCUUUUAUUUAUCAUGUUCUGAUGGCUGAACCAGAGUUGUUCAUUUAUGAAAAAGGAACAGACCUAUUGAUUCGAUGUUACUUUCUGGCGAGCCUUGGCAAGGACUUUCAAGGCCUGCAUUAAGGUCAAUCAGCCUGUAUUAUGGAAAAAUACAUUUAAAAAUAGACAAACGGUCUGUCUACAUAAACUGACAGGCCCUGGUAGUUUUAACAAUUCAAACACGUAUACAUUUAUAAUGUGCAAGGGCAUGAUACACAGGUGUAGAUCAAUGGUAUGUGUGCCCAACGGGUAGUGGUGUUGUUACCUGAACUUACUAAAGACUGUGAUGAGACAAAAAGAUGGUAACUUACCUUGUGGGCUGGUAUUGAAGUGUAUUUCAAGAAAAAGGAAGUGUAAAGAGUUUUGAAAACUGGGAAUAUAUAUAUUCACUCCUAAACAUUGAUACGGUUUAGCCCGUUGAUAUUUCUAAUAGUUUCCUGUUUUCUGUAUCUGAUGAAUUAUAGGACGGGUAUUCUCCAAUACAGUGUAACAAAUUUCCGAUUCUCUUUCGGUCGAAAACCAGGCCUGGUUUACAGAAAAAGUCCUCCUACCUUAUGUAAAUAAUAUGUAACAGAUUUAGGAUCCUAGUUGUAUCCAAAGAUAAAGACUGUCCAUUGUAUGGGUUUUGUAGAGUUUUUCUUGAUAUUGUUUGCAACAUAUAACAGAUAUGUUUUUGUUUUUUUGAAAUAUUAUUUCAAUUUUUUUUCUCAGAUAUGUUAUAUAUUCAACAUCUAUUUUUUAACAUGUUUGUGAUUUUGUUCUUGUUAUGUCAUUCUUUAGUGAAAUUGUGAAAUUAUUCAACAUAUAUGCAACAAGAAAAAAUAACGAUCAAGGGAUCAACCUAAAUGCAAAAAUACAUAUAUUUUCUACUGUAAAUUAAGAAGUAACUAUUUUUUCUCCAUCUUGCUUAAGUAAGGUAGAUGUAAUUGUUUCAUGCUUAAAAUUGGUUUUUUUAAUGAUAAAGGAGCAAAUUGACUUGACAAUAUGACAAAUUUCACUGUCGGUCUGACACAUCAAUUAUCAUCUUAUACCUCUUAUGUAUUUGUAUAUCAUUUUAAGUAAAUAACAUUCUUCAGAUCGAGUGCCUAUAUUGGACCAUACUGUUGUUAUGUCUUAUGAGACUUUUUUAGUAUUUAUAUAGGUUUUACUUAAACAUGGAAGUUCUUGUCUUCGGGAAUGUUAGCAUUGUGAUUGUGUAAAGCGAUUAUGAUGUUGAUAUUUUUUUUCGCAUUGACGAUAUGGGUCAUAAAUUCUUAUUUUGUAAAUAUCUAUAUUCUAUAAACAUAUAAUAUUUGGGAGUGCACAUGUUUGCACAUAUUUGCUGAACGUGAUAAUUUUAAAUGAGAACAUUUCCACUUUUACAGUAUAUUAUAUAAUUUUAUAUAUAAAAAUCAUAUUUUGUCAAAUUAGUGUGAUAAAAUAUAUUUAGCUGUCCUGAAUCUUUUCAUCUUUAAUAUUUUGCUCAUUUGUUGUCAAAGAAGUCCAUAAGUUAACAAACUGAUGAGUUUUAAGUACUACAAUAUAUAUCAAUUUGGUGUCAUAGAUAACGAUAUGUUAUACUUGUGCAUACAAUUUUGAAUUGUUUAAUCAUUUAUCAUGGAUGACAGCAUUGAUUUUUUUGCUCAAAUUUUAAAAGCAAAAAUUAAGCAUCUUUAAUUUUUUGUAACACAUACAGCCUUGUGACAACUUACUCACGUUAUGAGAUACAGUUAUCUUCAGUGGGAGUAUUUUAAUUUAGGGAUGAAGAUGCAUUGUUAGCUCCUCCUUGCUACUACCAUCUGUUUUGCUGGACAAAUGUGGCAGCAGAACUAAGUUUUACAUUAUGGGCAAAUCAAAUCAAGAUCAUAACUUUUAACAGCUUCAUAAAAUGUCUCAUCUGCCACCUGGUUUACCAUAUUUAACCCCUUUAUAAUACCACUUUUUUGCUGGGGCAAUACUGACAGCAUCCUUGUAAUUCCAGGGGUUAAACUCACUCAUGCUCUCUUCACCCCUGGAAUAUGUCAUGACAAAUUUAAAGACACUGCGUUUGCUAUUUGAUUGAUAUAAGGUAUGAAAAACUGACCAAUCACUCCUUGAAAGAUUACAGAGGAAUGACACCGGCCAAUUCCAUCAUUUAUCUGCCACACAAUUCUUUUGAUGUUCAUUUAAGGAUCAGACUAGCCAACAUGUAUCAUCCGUAAGGUGACGCAUACAAAGCCUUCAAUUUUGUCGUGACAUAUUCCAGGGGUCCAGAGAACAUAAAUGAGCAUAACCACUGGAGUAUUGAGGAGUAAUGACAGUAGAUGUUACAUACUAGGUAUUCCUAGUGUAUAACAGUUUCCAAUAUGUAAAAAGUGAACUUGUACCAACAGGUAUCUGAAUGUAGUUAAUUAGUUUUAUUUAUAUCACAAUAAAUUAGCAAACAAUAAAGACAAAAUUAUAAGUUAAUUACAAAAAUAUUUAUUUCAAUUUAAUUAACAUUAUUGUAAGAAAAUUUGUGAACAAGAACAAAGAAUUAAAUUCUUUAUUACAAAAGUAACAAAUAACAGGAUAAUCAUGAUGAAAAAAUAAAUUAAUGAAAUCAUCAAUAUCGUGAUUUUUACUUUAAUCUGUUGCAUGUUUGAUGAGAAGUAUCAUGAUAAGGGGAGGUAACUCAUUGGCCAAUAAGAGGCAGUAACUAUAAACACUUAGACAUUAAAGUAUCAAGGUCUUUCUCAUGUAAGCUAUAGGAGAUUUGAAUUUGAAUUUGAAUACAUAGUAGCAAAGCAAUGUACUUUCUACAACUUGUUAUUUAAUUCAGAUGUUUGUGCUUCAUACUUUUUAAUGUUAAAUAAGUCAAACAUUGACCAAUGAUGUAACAUUAGUUACUCUUUUACAUUGUGAUACACAUUUUUAAGCAGUGCUAAAAUAUUUCUGACGCUUUUGUGUGGUUUGGUGUAAUUUAUCUUGGCAUUUAAUUUUUAGAAAAAAGUAAUAACUAAAUAUGACUCUGUUUUGUUUAUUUUGGAAGUGUUUGCUACAAAGUAUAAUAAGAUUGAUUUUUU